GCUAAACUACGUGUCAAUGGAUGUAACACACUGCACACUGGGAAUUGUUGCACGAUUCCACUGAGGCGUCCAAACCUAUCUCAACCAUUUCAAUCCUUUGCACAGUUGAUUCCCUGCACAGUCAAUACAUAUACUUCUCUGGGCAAAGAGCUUAAAAGUGCCUUAGGAGUGCAAGAGCUCUAAAUUGGACAUGAAUGCAGCACUAAUCCAUGACAAAGUAUUUAUCAAAACUUUCUGGGAGAAAAGAAUUACAAAUCACUCCCAGAUGACAGAGGAUGAGGAAUUAAGGAUGAAGAACAGUGCUCUGACAAAGCUCCGUGAUGAAUGGCUAAUAAGACUUGAGUGUCAAAGAAAAAAUAUCAAGAACUUCAAUAACAGACAUGCCACAAUGUCAACAGAGGUCAAGCAGACUGAUCAGGAAUAAUUUAAGACGAGCUUCCCCAUACAAAUAACUUGGGAUUUGGAGAUGGAGAAGAUAAAAUAAUUUAAAAUAAAAAUAAAUGUUAAUAUAUAAAAUGUUAAGUACGUAUUAUUCAUUUAAUAUUUAUGUAUGUCAUUAUGUAUUUGUUUUUAAUUCGUGCAUUCUUUAUCAUAUAGUUUAUUCAUUUAUUUUCUUUUUCCGAUUUCCUUGUGCAAAUGAGGGGCUGUCAAUCAAACUUGUCACAUUGUCAUCUGAUUCCACAGACAGUCCGUACAUGCCUGGCUUUAACACUGGCUGUUUAGAAUAAGGAAUAUACAGUACAGUCUAUAUAAAGGUAUGCACAGUCUGUGCUUUGAAUACACUAGUAUACAAGCAGCUGCACUAUCCAUCUUGACAAUAUAUCUGUGGCUCAUGGCUUUAUUUAAAUAGCAUUCUGAAUAAAUUGACAACAUUAUGUAUUACAGUUUUACAUAAUAAUGUGUAUAUGAUUUAACAAAUUUUACUCAGACUUUAUUUAAAAGUUUGUGCAACUUAUAUUUCUGACUAAAAUUUUUCUACUUAAACUGUUUUCAGAUAUGUAAAAAUGUAUGGUUAAUUUG